GGAGAAGCCAGUACUGCUGGGAGUGAGGGCGGCGAGGGCGAGACCGAACUCCUCGAGGCACUCUCCCUGAAGGAGCGGAUGGCAAGAUACCAGGCAGCUGUUUCCAGGGGUGACGCCCGCAGCUUCUCGGCUAAUGUCAUGGAAGAAUCUGAAGUGUGCACCGUGCCUGGUGGUUUAGCCAAGAUGAAGAAACAAUUUGAAAAGGAUGAAGUGACUUCAACCUGUAAUGGUUUCUCUGAGUAUCAAUACCAACACCAGAGCAGAUCUGAACAGGAAGCAAUCCACAGCAGUCAAGAAAUGAGAAGGAAUGAUCAAGAAGUUUCUAAAGCAUAUGGAACUGAUGUCUUCAAAACAGAAAUGAUAUCACAUCUUGAAAAGCACACUGAGGAAAUAAACCAAGCUUCACAGUUUCAUCAAUAUGUUCAAGAAACAGUCAUUGAUACACCUGAAGAAGAAGAGAUUCCUAAGGUUUCCACUAAGAUUUUAAAAGAGCAAUUUGAAAAAUCUGCCCAGGAAAAGUUUCUCUACUCUGACAAAGAAACAACUCCAUCCAGGUGUAUAAAGAUUAAAAAUGACAGUGAAGAACCCUUAAAGCCAUCAUCAGCUGUGGGUACCUCUUGUUCUUACACUUCAACCAGUCAGAGGAAGGAAACGUCAACCUCAAGUUACAGUAAUCACAGUGUCACUUCAGCAUCCCUGGCACAAGUUAAUGGCACUCCUUCAGGGAAGGUGGAAGAAUUUCCUCCUCCCCCACCUGAUGUGCUUCAAACACCAAUGGAUGUGACAGCAUUUUCCCAGUCCCCUGAAUUCCCCAACCCUCCUAGAGGACUACCAAUCCCCAAAGAUUUAUAUUCUAAACAAAGAAAUUUGUAUGAAUUAAACCGUUUAUAUAGACAUAUUCAUCCCGAGUUAAGAAAAAACUUAGAGAAAGACUACAUCAGUGAGGUUUCUGAAAUUGUUUCUAGCCAGAUAAACUCAGGAAACUCAGGUUCAGCAGAUGUACAACAAGCUCGGUAUAUUUUUGAAAACACAAAUGACAGUUCUCAAAAGGAUCUAAACUCAGAAAGAGAAAACCUGGAAUGGGAUGAAAUUCUGAAAGGAGAGGUGCAGUCAAUGAGAUGGAUUUUCGAGAAUCAACCAUUAGAUUCUAUCAACAAUGGUUCUGCAGAUGAAGAGUACUCUCCCAAGACUGUUGCUGACCAAGAACUCAUUGCUGGGGGUGAUGUGAAGUAUACUACUUGGAUGUUUGAAACUCAGCCAAUAGAUGCACUGGGGGUCCCUUCUGCUGGCACUGAAGGAAACACAGGGAAGAUUCCUGAGCUAGCUAGAGGAGAUGUUUGCACAGCAAGGUGGAUGUUCGAAACAAGGCCUUUAGACUCCAUGAACAAAAUGCACCAAAGCCAAGAAGAAACAGCAUCUACUGCUAUAAAUGACAUAACUGGGGGAGACGUCAAGACAGUAAGAUACAUGUUCGAGACUCAACACCUAGAUCAACUCGGACAGCUUCACUCCGUGGAUGAGGUUCACUUAUUACAACUCAGAUCUGAACUCAAAGAAAUUAAAGGAAAUGUUAAGAGAAGCAUAAAGUGCUUUGAAACGCAACCAUUGUAUGUCAUCAGAGAUGGUUCAGGCCAAAUGCUAGAAAUCAAAACCGUACAGAAAGAAGACAUCGAAAGGGGGGAUGUGAGAACAGCACGUUGGAUGUUUGAAACGCAGCCUUUGGACACAAUUAACAAAGAUAUCACAGAAAUUAAAGUUGUUCGAGGAAUAUCCAUGGAAGAAAAUGUCAAAGGUGGGGUGAGUAAAGCAAAGUGGUUAUUCGAGACUCAACCCCUGGAGAAAAUCAAAGAAGAUUCAGAAGAGGCUGUCCUUCAAAAAGAAGCAAUCAUAGGUACAGAUGUUUCUAAGAAGUGUUGGAUGUUUGAAACACAGCCAUUAGACAGUCUAAAAGAAGUUCCUGAUGCAGAUACUGUAUCAGCUGAAGAGAGAAUAGGAGGUGACGUAAAAACCACCAAACAUCUAUUUGAAACACUUCCAAUAGAGGCUCUAAAAGACAGUCCUGAUGUUGGAAAGCUUCAAAAAAUCACUGCCUCUGAAGAAGAAAAGGGAGACGUGAAGCACCAGAAGUGGGUCUUUGAAACUCAACCUUUAGAAGACAUUAGAGAAGAUAAGAAAGAGUAUAUAAAAACAGUGAGGCUGGAAGCAGUUGAUAGAGGUAAUGUAAAGAACUAUACACAUAUCUUCGAAGCCAAUAAUUUAAUUAAGGUUGAUGCAGCACAUCAAAUUGAGGUGGAAGGAGUCACCAGAGGCACUGUGGAGUUGAAUAAAUCUCUCUUUGAGACAAUCCCACUGUAUGCUAUUCAAGACCACCUUGGAAAGUACCACCAAGUGAAGACAGUCCAGCAAGAGGAAAUCCUAACAGGAGAUGUAAGAAGCUAUAGGUGGCUUUUUGAAACAAGGCCCAUUGACCAAUUUGAUGAAAGCCUUUGUAAAUUUCAGAUAAUUAGAGGAAUAUCUGCUGAAGAAAUACAAGCAGGGAGUGUGAAAUCUGCUAGAUGGUUGUUUGAAACUCAGCCCCUUGAUUCAAUUAAAUAUUUUAGCAAUGAGGAAGAAACAGAAAGCAAAACUGAACAAACUACAGAUAUUGUUAAAGGGGAUGUCAAAACCUGUAAAUGGCUAUUUGAGACCCAGCCAAUGGAGUCUCUUUAUGAAAAGGUUUCCUUGAUGACAAACACUGAAGAUAUCCACAAAGGUGAUGUCCGAGGCUGUACCUGGCUUUUUGAAACUCAGCCACUUGAUACUAUAAAAGAUGACUCUGAAGCAACAGUCAAACUUCAAACUGUAAAGCAGGAGGAGAUCCAAGGUGGGGAUGUUCGGAAAGCAUGUUUUCUCUUUGAGACAGAAAAUCUGGACAACAUACAAGGGAAUGAAGGGAAGGAAACCAAGCCUGUGGAGAUGGAUAUACAAGCUGGAGAUGUCUCUGGCAUGAAGUAUAAGUUCGAAAAUCAGCCCUUAGAUUCAAUCAGUUGCAGUUCAGAAGAUGUUUUGAAUAAGAUCAAAACCCUAAAAACCGAAGACAUUCAGAACGGUAAUGUGUUACAUUGUAGGUGGCUAUUUGAAAACAAACCCAUUGAUAGGAUAAAAGAAAAUCAAGAAGGUGAUGGAUUGGUUAAGACAGUGACAGACAUACAAGGUGGAAAUGUGAGAAAGGGCUGCUUCGUUUUUGAGACAUUUUCUUUGGAUGAGAUUAAAGAAGAAUCUGAUGGCAUCAGCACCAGGGAAACAAACACUGAAGAAGUAAUAAAAGGUGACGUAAAAAGCUACAAAAUGCUCUUUGAAACACAGCCACUCUAUGCAAUUCGAGAUCAAGAAGGGUUUUAUCAUGAAGUGACAACAGUUAAAAAAGAAGAAGUAAUUCAUGGAGAUGUACGGGGAACAAGGUGGCUCUUUGAAACCAAACCAUUAGACUCCAUUAACGAAUCAGAAGAUGUAUAUGUCAUUAAAGCUGUCACCCAGGAAGACAUUCAGAAGGGGGAUGUGAGUUCUGUCAGGUACAGAUUUGAAACUCAGCCACUGGAUCAGAUUUCAGAUGAAUCCCAUAAUAUUGUGCACACUGUUGACUAUAUUCAAGGAGGCAAUGUGAAGAUGGGUAAACAAUUCUUUGAGACUGAAAAUGGUGACAAGAAGAAUUAUAUCAGAACAGUAAGUGUCAAUGAAAUACAAAAGGGCAAUGUUAAGACUUCUACUUGGCUCUUUGAAACUCAUAGCAUAGAUGAGCUGGGAGAAGGAUCUGGAUAUGAAAAUAUCAAGACUGUCACCCAGGAAGAGGUGCAGAAAGGUGACGUUAAGAAUGCAGUGUGGCUUUUUGAAAAUCAAACAUUGGAUUCUAUCAAGGAAGUAGAUGAAAGUGCUGCAAAAAUGACCAAAGAAGAAAUUCCUCCAUCGAAUGUCAAAACAACGACAUGGCUGUUUGAAACAACACCUAUUCAUGAAUUUAAUGAAACCAAAGUAGAGAAGGUAGAAAUUAUUGGCAAAAGCAUCAAAGAAACACUGGAAAGCCUCUACUCUCAAAGAGUUAUUGAAGCUCCUGGAAUUAUCAUCGAAGCUGAUGAAGUUGGGGAUGUCCGAAUGGCAAAAUACAAGCUCAUGAACCAAACAACUCCAGAGAUACAGAAGGAAGAUGUUAUCAGAGCUGAUCUCAAAAGCAUAAUGAUGAAUUUACUUUCCCAAAGAGACUGUACAAAGAAAGAGAUAUUUGUCAGCGAAGAGGAGAAGGGAAAUGUCAAUUUGACUAAAACUCAAUUAUUAAACAGAUCAACUGAAUUUCAUGCUGAAAAGGAAGAGAUAGUGAGAGGGGAUGUAAAACAAGCAAUAACAAAUCUGUUCUCAGAGGAAAGAUGUGCAAAGAAAGGAAUAUUAAUUCAAGAAGAUGAAAAAGGAGAUAUUAACAUGACUAUCUAUUGUCUUCUGCACGAAAAUGCUGGUGACAAGAUUGAGCGUGAAGACAUAAUAGGAGGUGAUGUAAGACGUACCAUUCACGACCUGUUAUCUUCUACAUCAAAUGCUAAAAUACCUGAAAGGACAAAAAUUGAUGCCUCAGAGAGGGGAAACGUUCAGUUCUUCACAACAUGCAUAGAAACUGGAGCUUUGGAUUACCUCAAACAACUCCAAACAGGGACAAAUGAAACUCUCACAGAUAGGAAACAAGAGGGAGGGGAAGAAAUAAUUGGCGGUGAUGUUGAGGGCACAAAACUGUUACUAAAGAAAAGGCAGUCUCUGUUUGAACGUACUGUUAAUGAAACUGACAUAAUCUCAGGAGAUGUGCAUAAUACAAUUAAAGUCUUAAUGACAGGGCCUCAGAGUUCAUCUAAUAAGACACAGAAAGAAGAGAUUAUAAAAGGUGAUUUGAAAUCAACCCUAAAUUCUCUCAACCAGGCCAUGAAUCAGAAAAUAAUGGCUGAAACAGAAGAAAUUAUAAAAGGUGACAGGCUGGACACACUGGAGUCAAGUGACAGACAGAAGGAAUCUAAACAAUCUGGUAGCAUCCCUAGUGAUAUUGAGCAAGCUAUUGAGUGCCUGGAGAAGGCUACAAAUACAAGGACUGAAAUACUGAAAAAAGAGUUGAUACUAGAUGAUCUUGAAACAUCGUUAAGGUCUUUGAAAGAAGCACAAUGGGGUUUCAAAGAAGUUGAUAAGGCAGGCAUAAACAAAGAAGAUGCACUGCCUGGGACAGCAGGAUUCUCAGAAAGACAAAAAACAGGGAUUAAUCCAGCAGCUGUCCAGAGAGACAAAAAAAGUCUUCUUCAACCAAUGCCAGGACCCUUUGAGCCAGUAACCAGGCAGCAAGCAGGACCAGGCACUCUCAAUGAAACUACCCAGAAAUCCUACCACCGGUCUUUAAUAGAAGAAAGAUCUGAGGCUAAUCUUCCCAGAGCCCCUAAGGGCACUGUAAAAAUUGUCAUUGAUCGUGAACAAAACAAUGAUGCUCUUGAGAAAAGCCUUAGGAGGAUGUCUAACUCAGAACACAGAGCUAUGAAAAGUGUCUUAGACAUGGGUGACAGAAUUGGCAUCUGGACUGAGAGCAAAGAGUAUCUGUGUGGUGGCAAGGAUAUGGGCAAACAGGUAACUGCAACCACGUCAAUGAAGGAAAACCUAAAAACCAAGGAAUCAGAGGAUGUGAUAGAUUCGAAGGAUGAUAUCUUUAACUUCACCCAGUCUGUGGAUAAAACGUUUAGAAAGCAGCAGACUCAAACUUGUGAACUAGGGAAUGACCACCAGAAGUCUCAGUUCCAGGAUUCCUAUAGGAAGAGGCAAAAUAAUACCAAAAACAUGAAUAUAUCAUCAGUGGUACAAAGUUAUACACCAAAUCCCACCCAACAUCUUAUCAACAAGACAGCUGGAGAAAUGCAUGGGAUGACAAGGGACUUUCAGAAGCAAACCUUCCUAAGCCAGGAAACACGGUAUUCUCAUAAAGAUACAAAGAAAAAUGACACGUGCCUUCAACCUUUGCCUGCAGAUAAGGAUGUACACAAUGUAACAGGAGUAAGAGUCUCUGGGAAAAGCCACAAAAAAUUUCAGGCAACUGACAAAGAACAGAAAAUUGAUGUUUGUCUAGAAAGCCAGGACUUUCUAAUGAAGACAAAUACUUCCAAAGAGUUGAAAAUGGCAAUGGAGAGGUCCUUUAAUCCAAUCAACCUUCACCCCGAGUAUAAUAUAAAAGAAAAUGAGGACUCCCUUCCACCUCCAUCUCCCCCUCCUCCUCCACCUUCCAAUGCAUCAUCUGAAACUGAAUUUCCUCUCCCCCCUCCACCACCUUUAAUGCUGUUGCCUGAAAAAGAUGAGUUUCCUCCCUCAUCAUCCACAGGGAAGACAAAGACUGAAUUUGAAAGCUUCCCAAGUCUCCCUCUUCCUCCACCACCAGUAGAUGAGAAAUCUGAAAGAGAAUGUUUGUCAGCAUCCCUACCACCUCCUCCAAAGCCAUCACAAGCAGCACAUCUUCUUGCCUCCUCUGUCCUAGAAAAUCAAAGUGAAGCAUUCACACAGCAGUAUUCCCAAAGAGAAGCCUCAGGCUCUCAGCAAAUUCAUUCUCAGGCUAACACCCUAACAGGGAAAUCACCACCUCCUACACUCCCCAAACCCAAACUUCCCAAGAGAAUUAAAAAUAAAAUGAGCCAGCAGUCCCCAAAUGAUGAAUUGGGAAGAUCUCUGUCAGAUAUGGAAAUUAAAACUACUCUGUCAAAGAAUCAGAAAAGAUCAAUGGUGGCAAUGGGCAGUGAGCACACAGAGACACAGCAGGAAGUAUCAAGAAAAGGUCUUGAUGAAAGAAAACAGCUGUCCAUCCACUCUGCAAACUCUCUCUCUCAGACAGCUCCAGAAAUCCCAGCACUCAAGGGAAAACAGACAGUGCCCCUUGUUAAAUCCCACUCAUUUCCAUCAGGUUCAGAACAACAAAGUCCAAAGCCUUAUGUGAGAAAAUUUAAGACGCCUUUAAUGAUAGCUGAAGAAAAAUACAGACGGCAAAAGGAAGAGAUUGAAAAACAGAGACAGGAGAAUCCUUGCCACAGCAUUGUCCAAACAGAAACCUACCACCAAAACAUAUCAGAGAGAGAGAAAGAAUUAGCAUCACACAAAGCAGCUGAGGCAGUCCCCAUACCCAGAAAGGAUUUGGAUUUGACUAGGGCACAAUCCAACCUGGACUCUAAGAACAGGGCUGUGCUUGCAGGCAUGAGUUCUGACAGUCAGCUCUCCACAGCUUCUGCAUUGAUGGUUGCUACUGAGAGGCUCCAGCAUGUUCUAGCAGCUUCAGAAGAUAAGUGUACCAUUAGAAAGGAAGGCAUACAAAGCUCGAAGGACAUGCUGCAAUCGAAAUCAGCUUGUGAAAUUAGCCAGAGUCACAAUGAAAGUAAGACACAACAAACACUUGAGCAACAUAUGGAGUACUUGCCCUUUCCCCAAAGCAAACCAAUUUUCCCAAGUUUCAAAGUGAAAACUAUCAAGCUUCCAACUCUAGAUCAUACAUCGACUGAAACAGAUCUCAGUUCUGAAAGUCACAUAAAGCAAUCUGAAGUUGACAUCCAAACCAUUGCUAAACCAAUGAAUCAGGAAAUCAAGAAAACCCAAGCAAGGGCACAAUGUGAUAAUAAGCAACCUGUGCCUGAAAAAUCUUCUCAAUUACCUAAAACAGAGAAAAGGGUGACAGUGCAAAUGCCUGAAGACUACUCAGAGAAAAAUCAAGAGAGUAAGCUCAAAACAGUUCCCAAGAGACAGAGGGGAUUUGGGGAGUUUGACAGAGGGAAUAUCCUAGGGAGUGAAGAAAGGAAUCAGGACUUAUCAAUGAGCAGGUCAAAAGAAGACAGAUUAAUAGUUGAAAGAAAACAAGAAGAUCUGCAGGACCAGCGAGUACCAAGGUUAGUCCAGCAAAAGAUUAUAGAUGUAUGUCUGGACUCACAGACUCAGAAUUUUCAGCAAACACAAAUACAAGCUUCUGGAAGUACAGUUGAGCAUAAAACAUUGCCCCAGUCACCUAAUGACAUGCCAGAGAAAAAAUGUCUUAGAGCCAACGGCAUGCAACAGAGACAUGUCUCUCCUAACACUGAAGAUUCGAAACAAGAGAUUACACAGAACAAAUCUCCAUUUUCCUCUGUGAAAGGAUCCCAGCACGAUGAUGGAAAAUGUGGCAUAAAUAUAUUGGAAUUCUUGAGAAAACGUGAAGAACUACAGCAGAUUUUGUCUAGAGUAAAACAGUUUGAAGCAGAGUCAAAUAAAAGUGGCCUUAAAACAUUUCAGACACUGUUAAAUAUUGUUCCAGUAUGGCUGAUAAGUGAAGAAAAAAGAGAAUAUGGAGUUCGUGUUGCCAUGGAGAAUAAUUUAGAAAAAGUCAAAGAAGAAAUAGCACAUAUUAAAACUCAAGCAGAGGAUAUGCUUGUGCACUGUGAACAUAUAAUUCAAACAGCCAUGAUGGCCUCGCAAACAGGAAAGCAGAGAGAUAAGCCUACCCAUCUUAAUGAAAUGUCAUUGAAAGUGUCUAAUGUUAAUGCCAGCUCUAAUAAAUGCACUGAACAGAAAGAAAAUAAAAUUGUAGAAGAAAAACUAUCUUCACACCACCAAGUAGCAACGACUCAUAAUCCUGCUAGCACACAUCAGGAGACUAAGGGAGGAGAUAAUAAGAUUGCUCCUCCCUCUUUGAAAACUCGCCCGCCAUCACCAACUUUCAUUACAAUAGAGUCCACUGCCCGACGAGCAGAAGCCUCCACUAAGAGUGAGCUUUCGCAGUCCCCUAAAAAGAACAGUUGUACUGAACCUCCACCCCGAAGACCCACAGAGCAAACAUCUAGACUUCACAGAACAUGUACCUCCCCAUCCCCACCAAGGAGUCGCUCAGAACAACUGGUUAAACUCAAAGACACCACGGCCAGAUUAGCCAGAGGUACCGUUCCAUGUUCACCAGGGACCCCAGUUCCAAUUGUGGAGAAGAGAUCUGAAGUUGUCAUGUCUCCAGCCACACUCCGCAGGCAAAUUAAGAUAGAAAGUCAUGCCAGGGACUCUCCACCCACCAUUACAAUACCUGUUAGUGUAAACCAUGUCGUUAGUGGUUCCUUCAGAGACUCUGUGGAAGCUCAAGAGGCAAUGAGGAAGAUAGAGCAAAAGGAGACUUACAUUCAUAAAGAUAAAAUGAAUUCGAUCAACAACACAAUGCCAGCGAUGGAAAGCUAUGACGCAGUUGAGAUCAUCCGCCAGGUGGGAGGGCCUCGCCUAUCAGAACGCACAGAGAGAUUUGAAGCCGCCAAUCAAACAGUUCAGAUGGCUGAACAUUUUCUGAAUGGCCAUGAAAACGAAAUAAACAGAUGGUUUAGGGAAUUUGAGAAUGGCCCAGUUUUCGGAGCGAAGACAGAGAGAAGAGCUUAUGCAAAUGGUGAAAUAAACCACAACAUGAAACAAGAGAGUCACACAUUUCGUAAGGAGGAAUUUGGAUUAGCAUCUUCUGGAAAUGCUAAUUUUACAGGCUUUUCAUACAGACAUCCUAGAGAGCGCCAAGAAGAAGCUGCAGCUAUGCAGCCCAGGGUUCACUCUGAAGGAAGGUCUCUGAGUGAGCAUUUCUUAGGUUUGGAUGCAUUUAACCAUCAGAUUGUUGGGUCAAAGGUGGCAACCUCAUCCUCACGUAGCUCAGAAGCUGGCAGGUCUGGCUUCGACUUCAAGCAUGCCCCACCAACCUAUGAAGAUGUGAUCGCUGGCCAUAUCCUAGAUCUUUCAGAUUCACCUACAAAUCUCAGAAGAGAUUUUCAGAAGACAUGGCAAGAGAGCGAGAGGGUUUUUCAGCGCUUGGGAUAUGAAACUGCAGCUGCACAAGCACCUGAAAUGAGCAGGGCCUUCCUGGAGGAAUCUGCCUUUAUAAGUGAAACUGCUGGUCCAAGACAAGGAAACCUGCAUAAUUUGUCAAAAGACAGUUUAUCCAAUGGAGCGCCUCGUAGCAGACAAGCAGAAUUUUCAUAAGUCUUGUUUCAGAUGCCAUCACUGCAGCA